UUUCCUUUAGUGCUGACCAGUCAUGAGGUGGAGGUGUGGUGGUUAUUUGCAAUGGCCCAAUAGGGAUAAGCUUUGCUGUCUUGAUUCCCGGGCAGGAUGCAGAGUGUGCUGGCUGCCUGAGUUCUGCAGCAGCUUACUCCUCUCAGUUAGCAGAUGGACCCUUCAAGAAUUCAGCUGGAUCCAGACUUUUCACAACAGGAUACACCUUGCCUUAUAGUGGAGGACUCUCAACCUGAAAGUGUAGUGGCAGAAGAUGAUUUGGACCGUGCACGCUUUGGAUUGCCAGCACACCAUCUACCAGACCUGCAAGCUCCAGUUGAAAGCCCUGUUUUGGAGUUGGUACCCGGCUGUCAGAGCAUUAAACAUGCGGCUGCAGAUAAAGAAAGUCUCAACAUCUGUGAGAGCCUGAAUGAAAACAAUCUAGAAACGUCUUGCAGGCCAGAUGAUGAUGGUGCUCUCAGCCAAGUAAUUGAACGAGUUACUUGCUCCAGUAACAUAAAAAGUCGGUUACGGUGUGAAGAUGACCAUGACCAAGAAGAAGAUGCAAAAUGCACUAAACAAUCGCUUCAGCCUGAAGACUGUGGCACUUCCCAGUUGGGAUUUGGUGCCUUGGAGCUAUCUCAAAGCCAGGAUUUGGAAGGAUGUAGUUCAUAUAACGAGGCUGCAACGGGAUUGCAAUUACAGAUCACACACCUUAAACCUCAGACAACUGAAUGUAAUCAAGAAGGUACUGAUUGCUGUGACAGUGGUGAAGUAUUAAAAGAUAAACCUGCAGAGAAUAAUUUGGAGAAAGACCCUGAAAGAAAGCAGGAGGAGGUAGUGGCAGAUAAAACAUUACCAGACUCCUCUGGAGAAAAAAUAUGUCUCGUUGAAAACUUGGAUAUAGAGAUGGAUCUCCAGAAAGAAUCUCCUGUCAAACAUGAUGAUGAAUGCAAAGAAAGAUCAGGUCUGCAAUCCAAGGAGCAAGACAUGGAGGUUUCUGACAUUCCCUCCACUCAAGAAGAUCUGUUCGGGCAACAAGAGGUUACAGAUUUACAGACCCAUCCUCUUGCAUGCAAAGUGGUAUCUAUACCUGCAGACAGUUUACGUCUACUCCAUCUUUCUGAGCAGGCCAGUCUUCUGCCAGCGAAUACCUCCAAAAUUUUCUCAGACGCUGUUUCUCCUUCCCAAGAUGCUGUCCAACCUACCCCUAUUAUCAUACCUAGCUCCCCCACAGAGCAGGAGGCAGACAAAGCCGAGGUGAUGGAAACUACCCCAACAAAAUAUGACCUGAAAAGCAAGUUGCAAGAAGAACCUAAUGAACCUAAGGAUUGUUCUUUCCUGACAGUGCCUCAAGUCUCUACACCAUUGUGCCAAAGUGUCCCUGCAUUUGUGCCAAGUUCCCUUGUUGUACCUUCUCAGCCAGAACUUUCUCAUGAUAAUUUCAUGAUAACCCCAAGUCUUGAAACAAAUCCACCCAGAGACAAAACUAAAACCCUAGUGUUUCCAGAUGAUUAUAAACCAAUGGCACCAGAAUUGACACAGGAAGUCACUGAGCUGGACUCAAGGAUUUCCCAGUCAAUGACAGGAGAUAUAUGCAACCUGGAGUUAUCUACUAGUGAACCUAGUGAAGUCACCGAUUCAGAUUGUAAAAAAGACGCAGAAGAUGAACAUGGAGCCACACAAAUUGAAGAUGAUGUGGGUGAUGUAUGUCAGCUCUUCAAAAAUUCAAAGCAAUCUGUAGCAGUUAUAAACAUUGAUCUAAAGGAAGAAAAUCCCACCGUUUCUAAGGAGUCCAUUUCUGCGGUCAUUGAAGAAACAUCCAUUAUUAAUAAAGAAAGCACAACUGUUACCUCUGCAGCUGUUGAGACAAAAAUAGGAAAUGAUGGGCCUGAAUGUAUUGAUCUCACAUAUGAUUCUGGAAGCCAGGUUGUUCUUGUUGCAUCCUUAAAUUCUUAUUCAUCGCUGAGUAUUUUAGAUCAAAAUGUAAUGGAAGUAAAACUAAAUGUAACUGCUGAAAGUCAACCUGAUGAUGCAUCAAUAGAAGAGGUCCCUAAAACUUCCUGUGAUAACAGAGUGACAGAAGAUCAGACAAUGGAUGAGGGGACUAACUUAAAUCUUGCUCUGUCUGAGACACAAACUCAACAUUUAAAUGUUUUAGAUGUAGACCAAUCUGAGCCUGAGGAAGAGCCAAUGGAAGUGGAGUCAAGCUCAGGGUCUUCUGAAGUUAGUAACCACAAAAUUAUUAAUGUAAGUCAAUCUGUGCCCAUAUUCUCCAGUUGUGCUCCACAGUCUGGCAAAUCUGAUUGUAACACAUUUGAUCUAGAUAAGCAGAUAGAGACUGAUCAUUCGAAAGUUGCUUUGGAGAAGGCAAAGAGACAGGAAGACCAAACAGGAUUAGGGGAGCAGUUUGAUAAGAAGAGUAACACUGAAAAACUCAAAUUAAAUAUGGAAGAUAAAUCUGACUACAGCAAGCCAGUUAUUAUUUUUGCACCUUUGCAGACUUCAUUAGGUGAAGGAAAUGUACCUCUGGAAAAGGAAAUCCACAUUUCCAUAGGAGAAAAGGAAGAUGCAGUGCCCUUUAUAUCAAAUGUUUGCCAGUCUGUGGCACAGGGGCAGCUGGAUGCACCUGAUAUAAAUUUGGUGAAAAACGACAGCAAAAUCCUUCCAGUGCCUCUUGAAAAUAAUGAAUAUACUCCUUCAGGAACGCAAAAGGAAAAAAUAAUUCCUAUUGCACUUGAGGGCAAGGCAGAUUUUACUGUGUUUCCUGUGGAGAAUAAACCAAAACAGAAGUCUCAAGACAAAUGUAAUGAAGGUUCUAUGGAACAAUUAGGGAAUGGAUCACAAGCUCUGCCAUCAUUAGAAAUUCCAGAAUGUAGUGCACAACUGAAAGAAAAUAGUAAUGUGUUGAAUGCCUUUCAAUUAAAUGAGCAGCAAAAAGUAAAAGUGGUAGAAGAAUCAGAAAAUGUGCCAAGUAUGAUUGAUGAUAUUGAGCAGCAGCCACCAACUGUUACAAUGCUGGCUAAUGAUAUGCCUCCGUUGGAAGAAAGAAAACAGGAGUGCACAGAGAAAACUGUAUCUGUAGCUAAACAUUUAGAUCAUACAAAUAGGCCAAUACUUAAAGGGAACAAAAAUGAAGAGCCAGAAAUUUUAAAGACAUGCAAGCCACAAUUUACAGAAGAGAUAAAUUAUUCACAGCCAAGCCAUGGUAAAAAUGUUGACCCCAUAACAUACAAAUCAGAAAAGCAACCAAUAUCCCAACAGAUGGCAGAUGAUGUUGCUCAGCAUGUUCAAACAUCAACCAGAGCCGUUGUCAAUAUUUCAGUGGAUAACAGUAAAGAAGAGGCACGUGAAGCAGACUCAACAUUGCAGGAAAAGACAGUGGAACAGUCUAUACGUAGCCUGUGUGACAGCUCCAGCGAAACACCAUUUCAUUUUACAUUGCCAAAGGAAGGAGACCUGAUUCAGCCUAUAAGUACAAUAACCCCACCAAUGGUCGCCCAGCUAAAACGAGGCCCCCGGAGACAUAGCACGCCUAUUGUAGUUGGAGGCUGUCCUGACAGCACCCUGGCAACCAGUGAUGUCACUGCUGAAAGAACUAUGGCUACCAGCGAUAUAACUGAAGACGGUGCAAUGGUCACAGCAGAUGUCUCAGAAGAGAGGGAAAGGGCAAAUUCUCACUCUGCUUCCAAUGCUAAUGGGAAACUCUGUCUGAGAAUGAAACUGAUCACUCCUGUUAAUGAGGAGAGUGAAGGGGCUCCCCAGUUUAACUUGGAAAAACCAGAUGCAGCCAAGAGGCCAAAAGAGGCAGCUGACGUUGCCGGGAAUGUUGCCAGUGCACAGGACUCCACCUCUGUAUUUGUGCGGGUAUGUGAGGCCCAUUAUGAGGAAGAAGCCAGGAGUCCAGUUUGUCCUACUACCAGUCUGAGGGGAAAAUCAUUCCAAAAUACAGAAGUUGAUGAGAUGUCUGUGGAUCUUAAUACAGUUUUGCAAAAUGUUGAGGAGCAUGAUAUCAAUUCAAAAGCAACCCAAAACUUACCAGAGGGGCCCAUUCAAGCGUAUUCCAGUAGCCUUGAGGAAGAUGCUAUGGAGCUAGAAACUUUCCAAGAGGAAAACCUAUAUCGUGUACAGCCUGAACGAGGGAAGAAGAGUCAACUGAAGCAAAGUGAGACAACCUCAACUCAGAAUGAAUAUGGGGACGAGCAUAUGACUCCUAGGCAUAGGCACAAAGAAGUACAAACAGCCAGUGUACUGGAGCCUAGGACAUUGGUGGUAUCCUCUGCUACACAGACAGAAAUUGGCCAAAGGACAGUUACUAGUAAUGGGCAAAAGAAUGUGAAGCAGGAUUCUUCCAGGGCAACAAAGAAGGACCAUGGAAAAUCUGAAAGUGUAACAAAAUCAGUGCAAGGAGAUGACACAGAUUCAGUACACAGUCAGGGAGAGGAGGACUUUAAUAUACAGCACCCUCCACCUGGACGCCACCUCCACCGCCAUAUACGCACGAUCAGUGAAGUUCGUACUGUGGUUACACGAGUGAUUACUGAUGUGUAUUAUGUGAAUGGCACAGAAGUGGAGCGUAAAGUUGUAGAGGAAGCUGAAGAUCCAAUCAUAGAAUGUCACGAAUAUGAAAAUGACGUUUCCUCUUCAAGAACAGCUGGGUCCUCUCUGACUUCUGGAGACCUUGCAGAUAUUAGUUCAUUUUCCUCCAAAGCUUCAAGCCUUCAGCGUACAUCUAGUGGGGCGAGCAGUGGGCUUUCUGCCGCUCAGAGCAUUAGUGGCAGCAGCACAGAAAAAGGGAAGGUGUCUGCGACCCAAAGAGGAAAAAGUGGCCUUUUGGAGUCAGGAGAGUUUGCUGUUCCAAGUGGCCGGGGGACUUUAGGAAAACUUAGUCCUAGGAAAUUGGCCAGCCAGCCAUGUUCUCCUCAUCGCUCAGGAGGACAAAUUGGGGUUCAAGGGAGUGAAGAUGAUGCAGAUAUAUCACUUGGUAACAGAUCAAAAGCAGCUCUUACACCCCGUGGAAGAGGGAGGAGAGGGCGGCCUCCAUCACGAGCAGCUGGGACAAGAGACAAUACUGCAACUUCAAAUGCAAAUAUGGAGGAUCCUGCUGAUGGAAUUUCUGAUGAGGAACGAUUUACACGCCUUAAUAUUUAUCAUCCAGGAGCUGACAGAUCUGAGCCAGGAACACCCACAGUUCGUAGAAGUGACUCUCCUGAAAUCCCUGUUCGGGCAGCUGCGACGAAUGUGAGUUCAGAUUCCUCGGGCAGCAGUUUUGUGGGACUCAGAGUUGUGGCCAAGUGGUCCUCCAAUGGCUAUUUCUAUUCUGGCAAAAUUACUCAAGAUGCUGGUGGAGGAAAAUAUAAACUGUUGUUUGAUGAUGGAUAUGAGUGUGAAGUGCUGGGAAAAGACAUUUUACUCUGUGACCCUAUCCCUAUGGACACAGAGGUAACAGCCCUCUCUGAAGAUGAAUACUUUAGCGCAGGAGUUGUAAAAGCACAUAAGAAAGAUUCCGAAGAACUUUAUUACUGCGUUGAGAAAGAUGGCCAAAGGAAGUGGUAUAAAAGAAUGGCAGUUAUAUUAUCACUGGAGCAAGGAAACAGACUUAGAGAGCAGUAUGGUCUUGGCCCAUAUGAACCUUCAACACCUCUAACUAAAGCAUCAGACAUUAGUCUUGAUAAUCUUGUGGAGGGCAAGCGGAAACGGAGGGGUAACUUAAUUGUCACAGGCACCCCCACUACAUCCAGUUCGUCUAGCACAAGCACGCCUACAAGAAAGGUAGCGGAGAACCUUCGUACUUCCUUGGGUCCCCUGUCUGGAAAGAGGAAACUCAUCAGCUCAGAUGAGGAUAAAUCUCCAGCAAAACGUAUCCGCAAAUCUGGUGCUGCUAAAGGAGGUGACUUUAUGAGUCCCAAUGAAAGUGGAGAUAAUGCCGGGGACCAAGUGAUGGUAGAAGAGAUUCACGGCCCUUUACCCCAGAGCAAAAGUCUCUUUAUUGGUUAUGCCUUUCUGAUAACAUGUGCAACAUCAAGUGACAAGCAAAACAAUCGCCAAAAAUCGCAAGAAUUCCCCUGUAUAAGCAGCGAGGAAGAGGAAGAAUAUAUAGAGAGCAUGCCCUAUGACAGGAGCUACACAGAGAAGCAGCUGCAGGCAGGAGGCGGGUACAUUUUGGAGGAUUUCAAUGAUGCGCAGUGUAAAGCGGCCUACCAGUGUAUCCUGAUUGCUGACCAGCACUGCCGAACUCGCAAGUAUUUCCUGUGCCUCGCAAGUGGAAUUCCUUGUGUCUCUCACAUGUGGGUCCAUGACAGUUGCCAUGCUAACGAACUUCAAAGUUUCCGAAACUAUCUCCUCCCUGCUGGAUACAGCCUUGAGGAGGAGAAAAUUUUAGAAUGGCAUGACUCCCAACAUCCUUUCCAAGAUUUGAGGUUUGUUGUGGUGUCUGACCAAAAAGAGAACUUUCUGGAAAUGUGGACAGAGAUUCUAAUGAUUGGAGGAGCAGCAUCAGCCAAGCAACACAUCUCUACAGAGCUCAAAAAAGACAUUGCAUUGGGAAUUUUCGAUGUUGUAGUGACUGAUGGCUCAUGCCCAGAAUCAAUGUUAAAAUGUGCCCAAGCUUUGGACCUUCCAGUGGUUUCUCAAGAAUGGGUUAUCCAGUGCCUGAUCUCCGGGAAACAACUGAAACACAACACACACCCCAAAUACAAACACAAUCAUGUUUCAGACUAAACAGCCACUUUCCCAUUUGAUCUCCCCCCAUCCUUUCUGCUGCACCUUGCAUUGUGCACAUCGUGUUUUAUUGAGGUUUUAGAUAGUUUUAAUGUUUGUGUUUAAUCUAUGUGCAUGUAACUUACUGUACAGAAUUUUACCUGCUGGACUUUUAUGAGAAAAUAAACACUAAAUGUUGGUUUUA